GAAAAAGUGAGGUUAUAUUUGAACUGUUUAUUUACUUCACUUCAAAGAGGAGGAUUGUCAAUUUACUAUUUUUUCUGAUUUACUCAAAGAUUCGGAGAUGUUGCUACGAGUAUUUGAUUGUUUACCUGUAUAAAGAGUUGAUUAAUUUAAGUUUAAAAUGCAGACUGUCAACGAGGAGAAAGAUGAAGCCGCGGCACUUUGUUCGAAUGACAGUGACAGAAUCUAUCGAAUUGAAACUAUUCGAACGGAAUUGAGGGAGGCUGCCUUCGUGAAAAGGAAGGAGGACCGUGUGUCCGCCUGGAAUAGAAGUCGCACUAAUUUGAAGGAAUGUCCUAUGGUUGGAUCGUUUACCAUCAAGUACAUAAACGAGAAAGUAGAGCUUCUCAAAAGGAAAAAAAUAUCCCUCACGGAUUACAGAUAUUUGCCCAAUGCUCUUAUUCAGUCGGAGGAAAACAUAAAUGCUUUUUUAAGUGUAGACCAAGGCUUAUCGGGCCUUAUACGCGAUAUAUCUGGCAAUGAUCCAAUUCUUCAAUUAUAUGCAGCCAAUUGCUGUUGUAAUAUUGCUCUAGGAAAUACAAGAGCAUGCACAGCAUUGGGAAGAGCAGUUAUUCCGUAUCUGGUUGUCAAAUUAGAAAGUCUAAAUUAUGCAUUGCUGGAUGUUUGCAUUUGGACAAUCGGUAAUUUAGUUGCAGGAAGUGAUAAUGCUUUCUGUAUCUUACAUGCGCAGCAUUGCCUGAAAUAUAUAAUUUUACUUCUACACAAUUGUGAUGAUUCAGUUCUUCCUUCUGUAAUAUAUGCGCUCUUACAUUACAUACAUGUAGGAUUAUACAGGAUAUCAAAAAGUGAAAUAUCAGAGCUGAUUGAAAUUACUAUAAAACGGAAUCUUAUAUAUAAAAAUUCUAAUUCUAUUUGGUUAUUAGCUUUAUUGUCCUCUUCACCAAUAUGUGUUGGACAUUUGUACAGCAUUUUGCCACAAAUCGUUGAUUAUCUUUACUUCAAAUUUUCCAAUUCAGAUGGAAUUGCACAAGCCAGUGAGAUUACAGCAUCUAUACGUAUUCUGGCUAAUACAUUGCAUAAUUCCUGUAAAGACAAGAUAGAUAUUCUUUUGAGGAAUCCGAAAUAUUCAAACGAAGAACUGUACAUUUUAUUGAAUAAAUUAUUAUCACAUCCUUAUAUGCACAUUAGAAGGGAAACUAUGUGGUUAAUAGGAAAUUUGUAUAAUCAUAAAUUAUCCAGUGUUAGUAACAAUGUAAGAGAUCUUAUACCUUUUUUAUCAGCAUUGAAUCAGGCUUUUUCCUCAAUUGAAAAUUCUAUAUGA